UACGCCAUAGGCGUGCGCCAGGGGAGCGGGAGUCAGCUGAGCUGCCGGGCGAGGUUGGGGGGAUCGGCUAAGAGGAGUUUGGGUUCACUUGGGGGCCGAGUGGGGUGCAAGAUUGCUCCAGAUUCAAGGGGAAGGACUCUCCCACCUUCUUUCUCUAUAAAGCGAGAGCGAGAACGUCCAAGGAGGCCGCGGUGGCUGGUUCCCAGGAUCUGUCAGAGGCUGGGGAGUCGCAGCUUCCAGUCCGGGGCGACGGGGAUCCCUGGGGGCAGCCCAGUCGUGAUCUCCGCGCCCCGGACGAAGGACCCAGAGGUCGAACACCAUGGCGUCCAUCCUGGAUGAGUAUGAGGACUCGCUGUCGCGCUCCGCUGUCUUGCAACCCGGCUGCCCUAAUGUGGCAAUCCCCCACUCGGGGUAUGUGAAUGCCCAGCUGGAGAAGGAAGUGCCCAUCUUCACAAAGCAGCGCAUUGACUUUACUCCUUCUGAGCGUAUCACCAGUCUUGUGGUCUCCUGCAAUCAGCUCUGCAUGAGCCUGGGCAAGGAUUCACUGCUCCGCAUUGACCUUGGCAAAGCAAGUGAACCCAACCAUGUAGAGUUGGGGCGUAAGGAUGAUGCUAAAGUUCACAAGAUGUUCCUGGACCAUACUGGCUCUCAUCUGCUGAUUGCUCUGAGCAGCACUGAGGUCCUCUAUGUGAACCGUAAUGGACAGAAAGUACGGCCACUAGCACGCUGGAAAGGACAGCUGGUGGAGAGUGUAGGUUGGAACAAGGCACUGGGCACUGAGAGUAGCACGGGACCCAUCCUGGUUGGCACUGCUCAAGGCCAGAUCUUCGAAGCAGAGCUUUCAGCCAGUGAGGGUGGACUUUUUGGCCCUGCCCCAGAUCUCUACUUCCGUCCAUUGUACGUGCUAAAUGAAGAAGGAGGCCCAGCACCUGUGUGUUCCCUCGAGGCUGAACGGGGCCCUGAUGGGCGGGGCUUUGUUAUUGCUACCACUCGGCAGCGCCUCUUCCAGUUCAUAGGCCGAGCAGCAGAGGGGGCUGAGGCCCAGGGCUUCUCAGGGCUUUUUGCUGCCUACACAGAUCACCCACCACCAUUCCGUGAGUUUCCCAGCAACCUGGGUUACAGUGAGUUGGCCUUCUAUACCCCCAAGCUGCGCUCUGCACCCCGGGCUUUUGCCUGGAUGAUGGGGGAUGGCGUGUUGUAUGGCUCAUUGGACUGUGGCCGGCCUGACUCCCUUCUAAGUGAGGAGCGAGUCUGGGAAUACCCAGAGGGAGUAGGUCCCGGGGCCAGCCCACCCUUAGCCAUCGUCCUGACACAGUUCCACUUCCUAUUGCUGCUGGCCGACCGGGUGGAGGCAGUGUGCACACUGACUGGGCAGGUGGUGCUGCGGGAUCAUUUCCUGGAGAAGUUUGGGCCGCUCAAACACAUGGUGAAAGACUCCUCCACAGGCCAGCUCUGGGCCUACACUGAGCGCGCUGUCUUCCGCUACCAUGUGCAGCGUGAAGCCCGGGAUGUCUGGCGCACCUACCUGGACAUGAACCGCUUUGACCUGGCCAAGGAAUAUUGUCGAGAGCGGCCUGACUGCCUGGACACAGUCCUGGCCCGGGAGGCUGACUUCUGCUUUCGCCAGCAUCGCUACCUGGAGAGUGCCCGCUGCUACGCCCUGACCCAGAGCUACUUUGAGGAGAUUGCCCUUAAGUUCUUGGAGGCCCGACAGGAGGAGGCUCUGGCUGAGUUCCUGCAGCGAAAACUGGCCAGUUUGAAGCCAUCCGAGCGAACCCAGGCCACACUGCUGACCACCUGGCUGACAGAGCUCUACCUGAGCCGGCUUGGGGCCCUGCAGGGUGACCCCGAGGCUCUGAAUCUCUACCGGGAAACACGGGAGCGUUUCCGUGCCUUCCUCAUCAGCCCUCGCCACAAGGAAUGGCUAUUUGCCAGCCGGGCCUCUAUUCAUGAGCUGCUUGCCAGUCAUGGGGACACGGAACACAUGGUAUACUUUGCAGUGAUCAUGCAGGACUAUGAGCGGGUGGUGGCAUACCACUGCCAGCACGAGGCCUAUGAGGAGGCCUUGGCUGUGCUUUCUCGCCACCGUGACCCCCAGCUUUUCUACAAGUUCUCACCCAUUCUCAUUCGUCACAUCCCUCGCCAGCUGGUAGACGCCUGGAUUGAGCUGGGCAACCGGCUGGAUGCCCGGCAGCUCAUCCCUGCCCUGGUGAACUAUAGCCAGGGUGGAGAGACCCAGCAGGUGAGCCAGGCCAUCCGCUACAUGGAAUUCUGUGUGAAUGUGCUUGGGGAGACUGAGCAGGCCAUUCACAACUACCUGCUGUCACUGUAUGCCCGCGGCCAGCCAGCCUCGCUGCUGGCCUACCUGGAGCAGGCUGGGGCCAGCCCACAUCGUGUACAUUAUGAUCUCAAGUAUGCGCUGCGGCUCUGUGCUGAGCAUGGCCAUCACCGUGCUUGUGUCCAUGUCUACAAAGUGCUGGAACUAUAUGAGGAAGCUGUGGAUCUAGCCUUGCAGGUAGACGUGGACCUGGCCAAGCAGUGUGCAGACUUGCCUGAGGAGGAUGAGGAACUACGAAAGAAGCUGUGGCUGAAGAUUGCUCGGCAUGUGGUGCAGGAGGAGGAAGAUGUGCAGACAGCUAUGGCCUGCCUGGCCAGCUGCCCCCUGCUCAAGAUCGAGGAUGUGCUACCCUUCUUUCCUGAUUUUGUCACCAUUGACCACUUCAAGGAGGCGAUCUGUAGCUCACUUAAGGCCUAUAACCAUCAUAUCCAGGAGCUGCAGCGAGAGAUGGAAGAGGCCACAGCCAGCGCCCAGCGCAUUCGGAGAGACCUGCAGGAGCUACGGGGCCGCUAUGGCACUGUGGAGCCCCAGGACAAAUGCGCCACUUGUGAUUUCCCUCUGCUUAACCGCCCUUUUUACCUUUUUCUCUGUGGCCACAUGUUCCAUGCUGACUGCCUACUGCAGGCCGUGCGGCCUGGCCUGCCUGCCUAUAAGCAGGCCCGGCUUGAGGAGCUGCAGCGGAAGCUGGGGGCUGCACCCCCACCAGCCAAGGGCUCUGCCCGAGCCAAGGAGGCUGAGGGUGGGGCUGCAGCAGGAGGGCCCAGCCGAGAGCAGCUCAAAGCUGAUCUAGAUGAACUGGUGGCUGCUGAGUGUGUAUACUGUGGGGAGCUGAUGAUCCGCUCUAUUGACCGGCCCUUCAUUGACCCCCAGCGCUAUGAGGAGGAGCAUCUGAGCUGGCUGUAGAAGGGUGUCCUGUGAAGAACGGGCAGGCAUGGGGAGCUGCUACUUGGCCCUCUUGGGAUGGCCACACCCUGUCUGUGCUCAGUCAUCUGUGGUUAUGUUGGGGAGUGGGAAUAGAACUGUCAUCCUGAAGUGUCAGGGGUGAGGGCAUUCUGCCAGCUGCCUGCUGUGCUUCAGACCCACCUUAGAACUGCUGUUACUCAGGCCACCAGCCUGGAGAGGUCAGAAACUGGAUUCACUCCCACUCCUGUAUCUAACAGUUCCUUUGUCCUUGUCAUUCCCCACCCUGUUUUUCUUCUGGAUUGCGAAUACCCUUCUUUCUUUGCUUUAUGGCCUCUGGACUCCCAACCUUUCUCUGUCAGAGAAAGCCUCCUCUUCUCUCUGCCCCAGGUGUACCAGAAGUGAAAAGAUAGCCCUCCCACUUCCUGAGCUCUGGUGGGGAAGGUGAUACUAAUGGUGGCCCUGGUGCACACUCUGGACCUCCACUAUGAGGGGCGCCUUGGGGCUGGGGACCUCAUAGAAGACAUUGGGAGAGCAUUAAAAUGUCUGCACUGCA